UGAACCCUAAUUGGAUCAAGCGCUAAUGGACUCGGCAUACAGGAGUGAAAUAAAUCAAACAGUAUUUUGCGAAUUACUUCUUUUUAACUAAAGCUAAAAACAAUUUAGAUUGCAGUUUGCAAAUAAAGAUGUCUAAAGCAACAGACAUGUAUAAGUGAGUAGGUGAGGUAAAACAAAGCCCAAUGUGCGACACUUCAAAGUAAACUCGGUCUUAAAAUCAAAAAAAUGUCCUAGUUGUCUAGAUAUCUGUUAUUUCAGAGCCUAAUAUACACACAAUGGAAGAUCCUAUUAUCUCUUCCAAGAAAACCUCCAAGUUUGUGAGAAUGAUCCCAAAGAGAACUGAGCUGUCUGACCUACUGCUAGGAGAGAGUAGGGUUAUGUGUCGGUGGAGAUCCUCCCUAUGGAAACUGCUGUGGAGAGAAUUACUUCUGUAUACUCUAGCAUAUCUCGGGGUUUCCUUUAUAUACAGGUUUGUACUAUCUGAUCUACAGCAGUAUGAAUUUGAGAGACUGGUUAACUGGUGUAGUAAACAAUAUACAGGACUGCCAUUAACCUUCCUCCUUGGUUUCUACGUAUCCCUGGUGGUGAAGAGAUGGUGGGAGCAGUACAAUAAACUCCCAUGGCCAGAUAAUAUUGCCAGCUAUCUCAGGGGUCUCUGUAUCAGCAAGGAUGAUAAAGCUAAAAUUAUCCGAAGAACCAUUGUAAG